CACACAUUACGUAUAGUGGUGCAACGGAAACAGCAGUGCGGCUAACCAGGUUGUAAACACGACGUGACGAGUGAACCGAAUUGCGACUUUAUAUUGUUUUUUGAACAAGUGUGUGGAGGUGAGCGGUGAGAGUAAGAAAUGCGGGAGCCGAGCGCUGAAGAAACGGAAGGCCAGGCCUCCAAUGGGGUGGUGGGCCUGGAGGAGCCUAAGAAGAUGACCAGGGAGGACUGGAGGAAGAAGAAGGAGUUGGAAGAGCAGAGGAAGCUGGGAAAUGCCCCAGCUGAGGUGGAUGAAGAGGGCAAGGACAUCAACCCCCACAUUCCUCAAUACAUUGCAUCUGUCCCCUGGUAUAUUGAUCCCACAAAGAGACCCACUCUCAAGCACCAGAGGCCCCAAGCAGAGAAACAGGCGCAAUAUGCUCCUAUUGGGGAUUGGUACAGGAGAGGGGUGCAGGAGAACUUUCUCAGCACUAAAUUUCGAAAGGGUGCAUGUGAGAACUGUGGGGCCAUGACUCACAAAAAGAAAGACUGUCUUGAGCGGCCAAGAAAGGUGGGGGCUAAGUAUACAGGCACAGAUAUUGCUGCAGAUGAGCACGAGCAGAUACAGCUGUCUUUAGACUACGAUGGGAAGCGGGAUCGCUGGAAUGGGUAUGAUCCAGAAGAACACAUGCGGAUAGUGGAAGAGUACUCCAAAGUUGACUUGGCAAAACGCACUCUGAAAGCACAAAAAUUACAGGAGGAGCUAGCUUCUGGGAAACUCAUGGACCAAGUAACAUCUUCUAAGAAGCAGUGGGAUGAGGAUGAGCACGGCUCACAGCAGGAGCGGGAGCACAACAGUGAAGACGAGGAUGAAGACAAGUAUGCUGAUGAUAUUGACAUGCCUGGGCAAAACUUUGACUCCAAAAGACGCAUUACUGUCAGAAAUCUGCGGAUCAGAGAGGACACUGCCAAGUAUUUAAGGAAUCUGGAUCCCAACUCAGCAUACUAUGACCCAAAAACCCGUGCCAUGAGAGAAAAUCCAUAUGCCAACACAGGCAAAAUCCCAGAGGAAGUGGGAUAUGCAGGUGACAACUUUGUACGGUAUACUGGGGACACAAUCACCAUGGCCCAGACACAGUUGUUUGCCUGGGAGGCCUAUGAGAGAGGUUCUGAUGUCCACUUGCAAGCGGACCCAACCAAACUGGAACUGCUGCACCAGUCCUUCAAAGUCAAGAAGGAGGAUUUCAAGAAAGAACAGAAAGAGAGCAUCCUUGAGAAGUAUGGGGGUCAGGAGCACUUAGAUGCCCCUCCUCGAGAGCUUUUACUGGCCCAGACAGAGGACUAUGUGGAGUACUCUCGGCACGGAGCAGUAAUCAAGGGUCUGAAGAAGGCAGUGGCAUGCUCCAAAUACGAGGAAGAUGUUCUCAUCAAUAAUCACACUUGUAUCUGGGGUUCGUACUGGAGAGAAGGUCGCUGGGGUUACAAAUGCUGCUAUUCAAUGGUAAAACAGAGCUACUGCACUGGAGAGGCAGGCAUUAAAACAGUGGGCUCUACUUGUACUCCGUUUGAAGAGGGGUUAGAGGAGUUGGAAAACCAGGAGGAACCAAAAACUUUAUUGGAGUUACACCAGGAAAAAAUGAAAGAGAAAAAGAAGAAAAAGAAAAACAAAAAGCACAAGAAGCAGGACUCAGACAGCAGUGAUGAGGAAGAUGAGGCCAAGAAAAAGGAGAAGCUGAAGAAGGCCCUCAGUGCAGAGGAGCAGCGCCUGAAACAAGUUGCUGAGCUGAUGCAGAUAGAUGAGCGCAAGCGGCCCUACAACAGCCUGAAGGAGGUGAAGGAGCCCACUGAAGAGGAGAUGGAGGCAUUCCGCAUGAAGCGCAGCCGCCCCGAUGACCCAAUGGCAUCCUUCCUGGGCCAGUGACCACAACAAUCUUUGUGAAUUAUUUUCCCAGUUUUUAAUUUUCUCCUUUGUAGAAUCAUCCUGUCUGCAACCUUUUCCACCCCUCAAUUUGUUUGUGACUUGGGCUGAGUCAAUAAAGCUUUUCUGGUAUUUAAUAGAUUUUUCUCCUUUGGGUCUGUCAGAAUUUCUGUAAAUGUUUUAAUAUGGAACAUUAUUAAAGGCCAGAU